AUGGCUCACACUCAAGACAUUCUGGGCCAAUUGCCCCUCCUUCAGUCUUACACUCACGCCAUCCUCUGUUUCCAGCUCGCCUCCCAUACCACCACUCCCACCAUUGACCUGGAACCCGCCGUGCAGCGGUUGCUAACCCUGUUCCCCAUUCUGGCUGGCCAGGUCAUCAACACGGGUGCCUCCCCCACCUCAUCCGGUGCCUACCAAGUUGUUCCUUAUCCAGUUCGCAAAUCCCCCAUCAUCCGCUAUGUCGACCAUCGCUGCGAUCCCCAAAUCCCCAGCUAUAACUCACUGCGAACGGCGCACUUCCCCUUCAAUCAAAUGCCCAGCACCCACUUCUCCCCUCCCCACCCGGUCUUCCCCAACCCCUACCCUGACACUGAACCCGCCCCCGUGCUAGAGAUUCAAGCCAACGUCCUGAAUGGAGGAUUCCUGCUCACCGUAGCCGCGCAGCAUAACAUCAUCGACGCCAGUGGCAUCUUCCAAAUCGCCUCGCUACUGGCCCGUCUCACGCGGGGCGAGCCGAUUCCAAAGGCCGAGGUCACCGAGGGCAAUCUGGACCGCCGGAAUCUGAUUCCUCUGCUGGAUGACAGCCAGCCCCUCCGCUACGACUACUGCGAGUACCUCCCUUCGUUCAUCCCGAAGAUCCCCCCUAACCUGACAGCGUUGUUCCCCACCUUCCAAUGGGCUUAUUUUCACUUGUCCAGACGGGCCGUCGAGGCGAUCUACGCCAAGGCCUCGGCCUCCCCGUCACACACCCCUGGGAAGAUCACUCCGAACGAUGCCCUCACGGCAUUCAUCUGGCAACGACUAACACUCACUCGUCUCCACCACUCCCCUACCCCCCUCUCUGCUACUUCUGUCUCCAAAAUCUCCCGCGCCAUGGACCUUCGCCGUACUUUGCACCUCACCCCAGCCUACAUGGGACACAUGAUCCGCACCGCCACCCUCCGUCUGCCGCUGGGCGAGAUCACCUCCCUGCCGCUGGCUACGCUGGCUACGAAGCUUCGGGAUCAAGUUGCCGAGCUACGUACGCUGGAUGCGGUGCGCGACUACGCUACGUUUCUGGCUCGGCAGCCAGAUAAGAGCAAGAUUGCCUACAGCGGCGGUGCGUUUCAGCCGGCUACGGACUUGAGUUGUUCCAGUAUAGCUCACGUGGACUAUGAUCGCUUGGGGUUGGGGGGUGCACUGGGACGGUGCGAGGGUGUCCGUCGCCCGGGAGGUGGAGUGUUGCCGGGCGGUUGCUAUAUAGGACCAGCUGGGGAUUGGUAUGGUAGUGUUGGAGAUGAGGACACUCGUCAAGAGACGGGGAUUGAGGUAUUGCUGUGUUUGGAUGGAUGGGAGAUGGAGGGGUUGAGGGAGGAUGAGCGGUGGAGGGAGUGGGUGGACCCCAUUAACAUAGAAAUCGCCAUAAUCGGCUCCGGCCUAAUCGGGACCGUCCUGGCCCUAGGCCUCCUCAACAUCCCCAUCCCCAACACGACCAAAGACCCUCAAUCUACCAACGAAGGCGGAAAAAGCACGACCCUCAGCAUAAAAAUCUACGAACAAUCCCCCACUGCGCACGAACUCGGCGCCGGAAUCGGCUUCACGACCUGCGCGCGGAAAUGCAUGGCGCUCAUGGACGCCCGCAUCGCGGAGUGUGUGGCCCGCGUAGCGACACUUAACGGGGAACCAGAGGAUCCAGAUUAUUGUAUGCGAUUUGUGGAUGGGUUUAGGACGUAUACGGAGGGUGAUUGUUCGGGGACGAUGUCGAAGGGGGGUUCAGAGGGGGGAGGUAGUGUGGAUGUUAGGGGGGUGGGUAGUGAUAGAGUUAAUGAUGAAUCUGAUAGAAGAGAUGAAGAUAAAGAUGACGUUGGUGGUAAGGGUGUGCAUGUCUCCGGAAAAGUCUACAAGUUGUAUGCCGGCCCAAGGGGAUUUGAAGGUUGCCAUCGGGGCCAGUUCCUGGAUGAAGUGAUGAGACUCAUGCCUGAUGGAGUAGUAGAGUAUAGCAAGCGGGUGGAGGGGUAUGAGUAUCUUCCUUCCGGGAGGAUUCAAUUGGGGUUUAGUGAUGGGGGUAGGGUGGAGUGUGAUCUUGUCCUCGCUUGCGACGGCAUCAAAUCCCUCAUUCGCACCCACCUCUACCCCCAGAGCAAACCACAAUACACCCACCAAUUCGCCUUCCGGGGCCUGGUCCCCAUGGCCACGGCAAUCAAAAAACUAGGCCGCCACCGCGCUCUCCGCCAACACAUGCACUGCGGACCGCGCGCACACGUGCUUCACUUCCCCGUCGCGAAGCAGCAGCUCAUGAAUGUCGUUGCGUUCGUGCAAGACCGGAAUGACUGGUCGCACGCCGGGAUGACCGCGCCAGCGAGGAAGAGUGAAGUCGUGGGGGCAUUCAAGGAAUGGGGCACGUUUGUGCGCGCCGUGAUUGAUCUGCUGCCUGAGGAGCUGGAUAAGUGGGCUGUGUUUGAUACUCUUGAUAUUCCGGUGCCGCGGUAUGCGGGAGGGAGGGUAGCUUUGGUAGGGGAUGCGGCGCAUGCGUCGUCGCCGCAUCAUGGGGCCGGGGCGGGGAUGGGGGUGGAGGAUGCAUUGGCGCUGGUUACGGCUAUUAAGAGGGCAAGGGAGGAUGUGGAUCGCGGGACGGAGGUGAAUGGGGCGUUGGAGGCAGCGGUGAGGGCGUAUUCGAGGGUUAGGUAUGAGCGGUCGCAGUGGUUGGUGAGGAGUAGUCGCGAGGUGGGAUGGACGUAUGAGUGGAUGAGUGAGGAUGUUGGGGCGGAUAUGGAUCGUGCGUUUGCAGAUAUAAAAAAGAGGAGUUAUCGGGUGUGGCAUUUUGAUGUAGAGGCCAUGGUGGCAGAAGUGGAAAGACAGUAUCGUUGGUGUUUGUGGAACUAG